AUGGCAGAUUUAGAUUUCUCAUUCAUAUAUUCUAGAAGGGCGAAGCAUACAGUAGAUGGUAGGCAUAUACCUAUUGUCUUAAAUAAAGAUUCUGAAUUUUAUAAAGAGUUUGCUAUACCGCCUAAAAACAAGAAUAAAAAUAAAAAAAGUCAUCAUCGCAAAUUAAGGGAUGAAAGAUCAGGGAAGGCUUACAUUUCAAAUGUUAUUACAUCAUCUCGAUACACAAUAUAUACAUUUUUCCCAAGACAAGUUUACGCACAAUUUUCAAAAUUAGCUAAUAUUUAUUUUUUUGCCAUUGCAGUAUUACAAAUGAUACCAGGUUGGUCAACAACUGGUACUUAUACUACUAUUAUCCCGAUUUUAAUAUUUAUGGGUAUAUCCAUGGCUAGAGAAGGCUAUGAUGAUUACAAGAGACAUCGAUUAGAUAAAGAAGAAAACAGAAAAACUUGUAAAGUUCUCCAAAAAAAUAUAGAUUCUUUCCAUUUCGACAUGACAGAACAUCUCUCGGACUCUGAUGAUCCUUUUGAAUAUGAUAGAUUUGAUUUCGAAGAUUCUAAUGAUCCAAAUUUUGAUAAAAAAAAUUUAAUGACUUUCAAUACCUUUCAUCAAAUUAUAAUAUUCAAGUUGAGGAAAAAUUUUUGGUAUGACUUAUCAGUAGGGGAUAUUGUAUUAUUGUCGCAUGACGACUGGGUACCUGCUGACCUUUUAUUAUUAACUACUGAUAACAUUAAUAAUGAAUGUUAUGUAGAGACAAUGGCAUUGGAUGGUGAAACAAAUUUAAAAUGCAAGACUUCACAUCCUAAAAUAAAUUCUCUUGCUAAUGAUGCUGAUAAAUUGGCAAAUAUGCAGGUAGAAAUCACAGUUGAAGAUCCAAAUAUCGAUUUAUAUAAUUUUGAAGGGAAUCUAGACUUAAGUCCACAUAUAAAGAGAAAUCAAAAUCCUAGUAAUAACACUAUCACUAUUAGGAAUGACGAUAGUAAUUCAUCAAAUAAAUCUAAUGCACAGCCGACUGAAAUCCAAUAUUCUGAACAAGGCUCGAGGAUGGAGACUAUAAAUUCCAAUAUUUUUUCUAACACCAAUUCUUUUCAAUUGGAAGACUCGAAGAAUAAAAUUGAAGAAAAUGUUGCAAAAAAAAUUGUUAGUGUUGAAGAAAAUACCAAUAAUCUAGAUUUGUAUUCUACAAAUAUUGAACUGUUGAACACUCCUCCAACUAGAGAAUCGGAUACACAAACAAAAUAUCCGUUAACGUCAGAUAACGUUAUGUAUCGUGGGAGUAUUGUACGUAAUACAAGUCACGCUUUGGGUAUUGUAAUUUUUACUGGUGAAGAAACAAAGAUUAGAAUGAAUGCUUUAAAGAAUCCUAGAACAAAAGCUCCAAAACUUCAAAAGAACAUUAAUAUUAUUGUUGCAUUUAUGGUGUUUGUAGUGGCCAUGGUUUCAUUUUUUUCUUAUCUAGGACAUGAUAUAGAGAGAAGAAAAUAUGUAGAUAAUGACCAUGCUUGGUAUUUAUGGAAAGAAGAUGCUGGUGCUGCUGCUACUAUCAUGUCCUUCAUUAUUAUGUAUAACACAAUGAUUCCUCUAUCUUUGUAUGUUACUAUGGAAAUUAUUAAAGUUUUUCAAGGAAAAUUCAUGGAGUGGGAUAUUGAUAUGUAUUAUGCAGAGAACGAUACCCCUUGUGAAUCAAGAUCAGCAACAAUUUUAGAAGAAUUGGGUCAAGUAUCUUACAUUUUCAGUGAUAAAACCGGAACAUUAACAAAUAAUAAAAUGUUAUUCAAGAAAUUUUCAAUUGCUGGUUCUUCAUGGGAGCACGUCGUUGUUACAAAACAAGAUGAAGUCACUAAGGAGUUGUCUAUGAGAAACUAUAAUAGCCGAGCUAAUUCUGGCUUAUUUGGUUCCUCAAAAUCAACUGUUGCUUUCGGAAACCCUUUACAAAAAACUUCCUCAGACUUAGAUGUAAUAUCAGUAGAUGAUAAUACUAUCUUGAAUCAAUUAGGUAUUACAAAGCAAGUAACAAAAGAUUUAAAGGAAAAUGGGUUUGUUCCUACUAUUUCAGUGGAUGAUUUACCCCCUGCAAGAACUUCUGUUGAAUAUAAAGGUAAUUCAAACGCUACAUAUACAGGAAGGCCAAGCAUGCGAGCCUUGUAUGGUGAUGGUAUCAGAAGAAGCAUUGGUGCAACUGCAAAGAAAAGUUUGAGUACCUCAAGAAGAUCAAGUCGACUCUCUAGAAAUUCUUCAGCUAAAAAUAUUGAAAUAGAAAAUGAAUCCAUAAAUAAUAGUAGUGACGAAGAGAUCAACAGCAUACCUGACCUCAAGACUUCAUUUGAAUUAAUACACUUCAUUCAAAGUUUUCCUGAAACAAUUUUUGCUAAAAAAGCAAAGUUUUUUAUUCUUUCAUUAGCAUUGUGUCAUACCUGUUUGCCCAGAAGAAAGCAUUUGAAAAAUAAAAAUGGAAAUUUUGAUCCGAAGGAAGAUAUUAUUGAAUAUCAAUCUAGUUCCCCUGAUGAAUUAGCAUUGGUUACUGCAGCUAGAGAUCUCGGCUAUGUUGUCUAUAAUAAAAAUGCCCAGGUCCUUACCAUAAAAUCUUUUCCUAAUGGUUUCGAAAAUGAUCCUGUCUUAGAAGAUUAUGAGAUUUUAAAUGUAGUUGAGUUUAAUUCGCACAGAAAGAGAAUGUCUGUCCUGGUAAAAGUUCCUAAUGAAUCUAAUAGAAUUUUAUUGAUUUGUAAAGGUGCGGAUAAUGUCAUAUUGGAUAGGUUAACUGAUAAUCAUAUUGUUCAAGAUAAAAUUGAUGAAUUAGAAGCCAACACAAGAGAUCGUAAAGAGACGAAGGCGGAGGUAAUCCUUCAACAUAAGAAAUCCUUGGAAAGGAUGGCUUUUGAAAACGAUGUGGUAGAUCCGUUGCGUAAUUCGAUAUCUAUGGAUGCAGAAGCUAGUUUAUCUUUACAAGCAGCUAAAAAGAGUUUACUAAAAAAGUCAAAUUAUCGUGUUGAUCCUGAACAACAAAUUGGUACAAUUGACCAAUUUUUAGAAACGGUUCAAAAGGCAGACGAUGAAAUAGAUCAAAUUGCACUUCAAAGUCGAAAAUCAUUACAAAAAAUGCAACGGAAAAAAUAUGGUCCAAGAUUUUCAUUUGAUAAUAUUCCUCAAGGAGCAACGCCAAGGUCGUCUGCAAUAAAUAGGGUUACAAGUGGAGAUUCAGGCUAUAACUCUGAUGACGAGUUGAAGAAAAAUACAACAGGUGUCAAGGAGUUUUCGAGAAUACCGACAAAUGAUUAUAAUCCAACAGAAUAUGAGGAUGAAAUGUUUGAAUAUAUUGGCAGCGAUGAGUUAAUCACUAAUGAGGAAUACGUAAUAGAAAAAACUUUACAGGCAAUCGAUGACUUCUCAACUGAUGGGUUAAGAACUUUAUUGUAUGCUUAUAAGUGGAUAAACAUCGACGAGUAUAAUGCCUGGGCUGAAAAAUACCAUCACGCAAACAUUUCCAUUGAAGAUAGAGCUGAGAAAAUUCAGGAGGUUGGUGGUGAAAUUGAGGAAGAAUUAUACCUUGUUGGUGCUACUGCGAUUGAAGAUAAAUUACAAGAUGGUGUGCCUGAAACAGUUCAAAAGAUUAGAAGGGCAGGAAUUAAGAUUUGGAUGCUUACUGGUGAUAAGCGAGAGACUGCUAUUAACAUUGGUUAUUCUUGUAAAAUGAUUUAUGAUUAUUCUACAGUAGUUGUCUUAACCCUUGCAGAUGAAAAUAUUAUUUCUAAAAUGAACGCUCUUUCUUUAGAACUCGCCUCAGGUAAUAUUGCGCAUUGUGUUUUAGUUAUAGAUGGAGCUACUUUAACUAUGUUUGAAGGAAAUCCCACAUUAAUGUCUGUCUUUAUUGAAGUAUCCACUAAGACUGACUCAGUCAUAUGCUGUCGUGCCUCUCCUUCUCAAAAAGCAUUAUUAGUGUCGAAUAUAAGAAAUACUGACAGAAGUCUGGUUACCUUGGCAAUUGGUGACGGAGCUAAUGAUAUCGCGAUGAUUCAAUCUGCAGAUAUUGGUGUUGGUCUAGCUGGUAAAGAAGGGUUACAAGCAUCUCGUUCAUCUGAUUAUUCCAUUGGUCAAUUUAGAUUUUUGUUAAAAUUGUUAUUUGUUCAUGGGCGUUACAAUUAUAUUCGUACUGCUAAAUUUAUAUUGUGUACCUUUUUCAAAGAAGUUACUUUCUAUCUAACCCAGGUAAUGUAUCAAAGAUAUACCAUGUUUUCAGGUUCCUCAUUGUAUGAACCGUGGUCUUUAUCUAUGUACAAUACUUUGUUUACCUCACUUCCAGUCUUAUGUAUUGGUAUUCUUGAAAAAGAUUUAAAACCAAUUACUUUAUUAUCAGUGCCUGAAUUAUAUACGAUUGGUAGAUUAUCAAAGGGGUUUAAUCUACUAAUGUUCCUUGAGUGGUGUAUCUUGGCAGCAUGUCAUUCUGCAGCCAUUUUUUUCUUAAGUGUAGUAAUUUGGGGUCAAAGUUCACUUUCUGAUAAUUCGACUUAUCCACUAGGUGUCAUAAAUUUUACGGCAAUUAUUUUUUUGGUUAGUUUUAAGACUCAAUUUUUAGAAAUGCGCAAUCGAAACUGGAUUGCGUUUGUAUGUGUGUUAUUAUCAGCGGGCGGUUGGUUAGUUUGGUGUGUUUCUUUACCUAUCUUGCACCCUAUUGAUAAAAUAUAUGAUGUCAAGUAUGGGUUUUUACGCCACUUUGGCAGAGACAUAACAUUUUGGUGCACUUGCUUUGUUCUUACAAUGCUAUCGCUAUCAGUAGAUAUUGUCUUUCAAACUUUUAAAGUAAUGGUAUGGCCAUCUGAUUCGGAUGUUUUUGCAGUAUUGGAAAGGCGUGGAGAUAUGAGAAAGAAAUUAGAAUUUGGUGCAUAUAAUGAAAUGAAACAAGGUUGGGAAUGGGAUCAUGAUCCAAGCUCCUUUCAAAAGUAUAAAGAAAAAGUAACUUUCCGUAAAUCAAGAGAAAGUUCUCCGCUUGCAAGUGAUGAUAUCACUUCAAAUUCUUUAGACAAAUCACAAAUUAAUCGUAAAGUAGAGGGUGGAGCUGAAAACUCUAAAUCAGAUGGUGCAAAAUCUGAAAAUAUUAACUUGAAAUAUGAUCCUUCUGAAUAUGAAAUGUUACCAAGUGGUAAGCUGAUUAAAAUCUCGGAAUUGACCGAGCAGACUUUAUCUCAUCCUAGUAAUUCUUUAUAUGGAGAAAAUCAUGAGCAACAAGGAGCUGGCAGUAAGUUAACUUCAAAAAUCACUAAAAAAUUAAGAUUUAAAUUAAAUUAUGAGGAAGAAGAUGUUGACGCUAUUAUUGAACAGAGAAUGAAUGAUUUAGAGUAG